AUUUCAUUGAUAUGACUAUCAGCCACUUCCUCUCUCAACAUGUCCGCAGCAAUGUCCCUCAUUCUCAUGGUGUCCCUGUUAAUAAUGGCAGCAUGUAGAGAAACCACCAUGUCCUCCACUUUAGCCAUUUCAUUCACUGCACAAACAACCACUAGCAAACCACAGCCGCAAACAAGAGCACACCAGGCUACCAGUGGAACAAUACCCCAGACAGCUGAAACGACCACGCACCAGGCUACAGCUGAAACAACAAUGCACCAGACUACAGCUGAAACAACAAUGCACCAGACUACAGCUGAAAAAACAACGCAACAGGCUACAGCUGAAAAAACAACGCACCAGACUACAGCUGAAACAACAAUGCACCAGACUACAGCUGAAACAACAAUGCACCAGACUACAGCUGAAAAAACAACAUACCAGAUCACAACUGCCAUCACUUCAAAUUCAUCACAAACACAGAGGACAGAGGCAACUAAUCCCAGCCCACCUCCUCAGACGACAGCAAUCAACCAGACAUCAAAUGAGACUGCUUUGUCAACUGUGUCAACACUCCCAUCUGCACCAACGUCACGAAGAACCACUGCAUCCUCCACUGUGAACACCACCAACACAGGUUUUCCAUCUGGCUCAGGAAAAGAUGACCUGGCAUCAAACCCGGGCCUAGUGGCUAUCAUUUGCAUCUUUUGUGUCGUCCUCACCCUCGUUCUAGUGGUUGUUGUGGUGAAAUGUAUCCGAUCAUCGAGCUCCAAGUUUGAGAGGCUUGAAGACAUGCCAAUGGGCAGUGUGAACGAGGAGUCUCCGUUCGCCAAGUACUCGAAAUGACAGAGUUGCGCUUUGUGGGACAUCAAAGGCCAGGACGAGUCCAACCUGCUGAUCUUUCAUCAGGUUCUUCUUUACCUUGCACUUUAUUCAAUGCCAGUGGAAUAGUUUGAGCUCAGCUUUGACCUUUGACCUCUUUAUUUAGCAGUUUUAAUUCAUUUUUAAGCAGGUUUAAUCAACUAAAGUCAAUGGUCACUUCCUCCACCGUGAGACCUGAAAAGCAAAUAAGCCCAAAAGGUGAAAACUUUAUAAGCAAUAUUUGCUAAACUGGUGAUUAGGCAUAAUCUUCAAAGUACUACAACUCAUAAUUAAACUUGUGAUUUUAUAAGAACACAAUAGGCUUUUAUUUUCCAUAGUGCUUUUUAGAUGUACGUACAUACUUGCACAAAUCUGUCAUUGCAUAAUCGAACACACACAAACAAAGCCGUAAUUGGAACAUAUAAGUGUAAGUAAUCUUAUUUGUAUUACUAUAGAUAAUGUAUGAAUUAUGGAAUGUGGGGUCUUUUGUACACACAGUGGUCAGAGGCAGAAGAAAAUGUGUUGGUUGAGUUCCUGUGCUGAGCAAAUUUAUUAGACCACCACCUAAUUUAAAGGUUUAUGCCACAGCUGCACUAAAGUAACAGGAUUGAUAAUUACCAAAAUAAUUUUUUCACAUUUCUGUAACGGUUAAUCCACCAGCACUGGCAGCAAAUAACACAUCCAUUCUAAGGCUAUUAUGAGGCCCAGAUCAUCCAAAGUACUUGCAAAUUUUGCAGUACUAAUCUCCUAGUUGUUAGGACAAUGCUGCCACUGUCUUCCAACAAACACAGGUGCAAUUCUACUUUGAAUUUACAAAAUCAGCAAGACAAACAGUUUUGCUUUAAUGCUUAUAAACAGAUCCAGAAAUAGAAUUGGUCCUUUCUGUCUUUAAUAAAUGAUAAUCCAAAACUAGCCUGCAGAAAGAUUAUAAAAGUUGUAUUUCUAGACCUUUUAAUUGUGGCUCAAAGUAGCUCUAAAAUGCUAGUACAUGAAGCUUGUGGGGCACCCCUGCCAUU